AUGUCUAUAGAUGCAAGGUCAAGGCUGGUUCAAGCUUUUAACGAUUUCGGAGGUCGUGUUUCCGGUGAACAAAUCCUCAAAUUCAUUAAAGAUGACGAACUAUUAAACCGAGAAACACGGUAUUCUAUUAAGAAACUAAUUACUUCAAUUGCUGUGGUUGAAUAUGACUCGGACAAAAAGAGAUAUUUAGUGUUGAAAGAUUUAGCUCGAGAUAAAGAGAAUCUAGCUGGUAAUAUGUGUCAAUCUACUCAAACAACAACUUCACAGUCUUCAGAAAACCAAAAUGUCCCCAAAUCAACCGUUUUAUCACAUCAAGGAAGUCAGUCAACAAAAUUGCCAAUGGCCCAUAAGACACCUCCCUCUUCUCCUCAGUUAGUUCCUACCACCGCUAUUACCACUCCUGCUACUUCUAUCAAUUUUGCUGCUGUUCGUCAUACCGUCUAUUCCACAUUUACUAGCAACGAAACUCGUUUAUGGUGGAUGGCAGUUAUCGAUUGUCGUGUUGCAGAUAUGAAACGUUUGCUAGGAAUAAAUCCCAAAUUAGCCAAUUGGGCUGUGAAAAAGUUUUAUUUAAAAAAUCACUUUGAUGAUAUUAUCAAUUUAAGAUUAGGUUUAGAAAUAGGAUAA